UGCAUUUUAAAGUCUUCAAUCUUCCCUUCAACGCCUGAGCGAGCGACUCCCUCGCUCCUGAAAUUCCCACUUUACCCCUACUCCGAUUCUUAAUUAAUCAUGAUUAGUCGUACUAAUUUCAAUACCACUUUCAAGACACAGUGCCGAAAACGACGGCGUUUGAACUGGGUCAGGCGUGGUUGGUUUGGUAAUUUCGAGUCAUUUUCUCGUUCGUUCUCCGAGGCCAUUCAUCCGUUGUAAUCAGGUGUAGUGUGGUGCUUAUGCAUAUGUGUGCUUGAGUUGUAAGCAUUUUGGGCUUCAAUCGCACCCAGCCGAACAAUAAACCCUAGAAAAUCGAUAACAACUCUCUCUCUCUCAUGGUUUGUUUUGAUUCUCAGAGAUGGAGUCUCAAAUCCCGAUGAUCAGAGCUCCACCACCACAGCUCUCCAUGUCUCGCCACCGAAGGGUAUUGUUUCACCAUGCCAAAGCAUUCCACUAUAUGGUGGUUUUGCUGAGUACCCUUUUCCACCUUGUUGCAUGCAGACCAUGUUCCAUAGAUGGAACGCAAAGUCCGGUGGAAUAUGAUGCAUGUGAGUCCUCCUACAGAGAUGGUCACUAUGAUGGGUUUCAGGAGGUAUAUGGUCGUGAUAUAAGUUCAGUGUACCUAGGUCUUGAGAAUAUAUGUAGCAAUUCGAAUUUGUUCUGCUUUCCUUCAACAUUGCCUGGAUUUGUGUCUGAACAGCAUAGUCCUGAAUCAACUGGGCUAGAGGCAUCUACAGUCCAGUCUGAUGCCACAUUACAUGUAGGAUCAACUCGAGUAAAAAAUAACAUAAGCUGGUCAUCAGACUUUGGUAUGUUUAGGCUAUUAAGUGGACGGGCUAUUUCUUGUUCUUUGAACUCUCAAGAGGGAAUCCACGAGGGCUCAUAUCUUCAAACCAGUAGUGCUGAUCAAAGCUAUGUUUCUUCCUGUGGGGGUCCUUUACGUAAUCAAAAGAGCCCAAGUUCCAAUUUGAACAAGAACUCUGGGAUGAUCAAAUCAGGAUUUUUAGAUGGUUCUUUGUCCCCUCAUAUUGAAAUAAGCCCUCCUCUACUUGACUGGGGACAGAAAUAUUUAUAUUUUCCUUCCUUUGCCUUUUUAACUGUGGUAAAUACUCACAGCGACGGCAUUUUAUACUUGUAUGAACCUUUCAGUACCAAUACACAAUUUUAUCCUUGUAAUUUUAGUGAGGUUUCUCUAGGACCUGGUGAAGUAGCUUCAAUUUGUUUUGUGUAUUUACCAACAUGGUUAGGCAUGUCCUCUGCACAUCUGAUCUUGCAGACAAGCUCUGGUGGUUUCUUGGUACAAGCUAAAGGUUUUGCUGUUGAGUCCCCAUAUGGUAUGCAGCCCUUAGGACUGGAUAUAUCCUCCAGUGGAAGGUGGAGUAAGAAUUUAUCUUUGUUCAAUCCUUUCGAUGAAACCCUCUAUGUGGAGGAAGUAAGUGCAUGGAUAUCAUUUUCUUUGGGGAAUACUUCAUAUUCAACAAAAGCAAUCUGUAGUAUAGAAGAUUUCCAAGGUUCUGAUGAGCGUACUAUGAUGAACGUUAAGGAGUGGUUGGAUUUUGAGAGUGGUCAAGUUGGCUCACCACUAAUGGCUAUGAGGCCACAUAGAAAUUGGGAUAUUGGUCCUGGUACCACUGAGACCAUCAUAGAGAUUGAGUUCUCAUCUAACUCUGCAGAAAAAGUUUUUGGUGCCUUUUGUAUGCAGUUGCUAAGGCCUUCUCAAGGUAAGUCGGAUACAAUUAUGGUUCCUCUUGAAGCAGAACUGGGUAGGGAAUCAGCCAAUCAUCUUACAAAUUCUGUUUCAUUAUCACUUGAGACUCUAGUACCGUGCGAUUCCAGUGAAACUACUGUUGUUGCUCUCUCGCUGAGAAAUGGUGCUCCUCAUAUCUUGAAUGUUGUUAAGAUUAGUUUGAUUGGAGAAGGCACUAAGCUUUUCCAGAUUAAAUACAUGGAAGGCUUAAUACUUUUUCCGGGCACUGUCACGCAAGUUGCUGUGGUUAGUUAUGUCCCCUUCACCAUUGGAUUACAUGAUUCUCCAUCAGACAUUUCCAAUAUAAACUUUAAUUGCAAAGUAAUGAUACUGACAAAUGAGUCAAGUAGUCAUCAGAUUGAGGUUCUCUGCAAGGAUAUAGUCAGUUUUUGUUCAAAAUUAGAUUCCUUUCAACAUCAGGCUGGAAAGGCUGAAUAUGGCAAUGCAAGAACAGGGCCCUUAGGAAGCAGUGUGCAGCCACCAUCACAGAUCAAGGCAGCGGAGGCAGCUGAACCAGAUGAAUUGGUGCUGGGAAACUGGAAAUCUCAAGCCACUGCUAGUGGCAUGUCUGUUCUUGAUGAUCAUGAAGUUGUGUUCCCAAUGGUUCAAGUUGGAACUCAUCACUCUAAAUGGAUCACCGUAAAAAACCCAAGCAAUCUACCGGUUGUAAUGCAACUGAUCCUGAACUCAGGUGAAAUUAUUGAUGAGUGCAAGGGCCCAGAUGGGCCUUUACAACCCUCUUCGUCCAGUAGUUUGGUUCUUAGUGAAUUUACAGCACCAACAAGGUAUGGGUUCUCGAUAGCAGAGAGUGCAUUAACAGAGGCCUAUGUUCAUCCUUAUGAGACAGCAUCUUUUGGGCCAAUUCUUUUUCACCCUUCAAAUCGAUGUGGGUGGAGAAGUUCAGCACUAAUAAGGAACAAUCUUUCUGGUGUGGAGUGGUUAUCUUUGCGGGGAUUUGGUGGGUCAUUUUCCCUGGGUUUGUUUGUAGGGUCUAAGCCUGUUCAGAGUUUAGAAUUUAAGUUCAACUUGCCAAGUCCUCUAAAUUUCUCUCCUGGUAUUCUCUAUCAGAUGGAAGAUAUCGCUUAUACCUGUUCUCAGCCAUUGUCAAAAGAGCUGAUUGCAAAGAACACGGGGGACCUGCCGGUGGAGGUCAGAAGGAUUGAUGUUUCUGGGACAGAAUGUGGAUUAGAUGGCUUUGUAGUGCAUACUUGCAAAGGCUUUGUUCUUGAACCUGGAGAAUCCACAAAGCUUCUGAUAUCAUAUCAAGCAGAUUUUUCUGCAGGCAUGGUACAGAGAGAUCUUGAACUGGCAUUGGGUACUGGUAUUUUUGUGAUCCCUAUGAAAGCAAGUCUCCCUUUAAAAAUGCUCAGUAUGUGUAAGAAAUCAAUGUUCUGGAUGCAACUGAAGAAAUUUUCAUAUGCCAUCACUAUCUUUCUUGCUGCUUUUAUGAUGUUUCUUGCAUUUGUUUGCAUCCUUGCUCAGUUGAUGGCAUUAGCCUCCCAGUACUACUUUUUCAAGGGUGGAAAAGGCUCUAUCGCCACGGUUAGGAGUGUAGGAAAAUCUUCUCAUGUGCAUCGCAACCAGAAGAAUGGUAACAAGUUUGCCGUGUCCUCUAAAAUGAAUGGCUUGUUAAGGUCAACUGAGGAGGAUGAAACUUUAAUGCUCGAGUCUGUUAAUAGAUAUCCAGAUCAAGUAGUUGCCUCAGAACAGGGGAUAACUGCUCAGCUUGUUAAGCCAACUGUGGGAAAUCAGAGACAAACUAACAAUUUGCUGGACACUCGAAAGGAAAUGGAAUUGGAAUCUUGUGCCCUGCCAGAGUUUAGACCUGUUGAGAACUCUGAUGCUCAGGAAUCGUCAAAAGAUGAUAAGCUCGUAGUUAGGAUUGGAAAAGAGAAGGGAAGAAGACGAAGAAAGAAAAAGGGUUCAGGAGUCGGAUUAACAGGCAUCUUUGAAGUUUCAAGCAGUCAAAGUGGAAAUUCUACACCUUCAUCACCGUUGUCCCCACAUGCAUCUUUUACACCUAAACGGUCAUGGCCAGUGUCUUCUGAUUCAGAUCAAGCUGUUGAGGCUAGGAAUCAAUUUGUGCAAGUGGCUGAACAACAAUGUGAGAAGACUUCAGGUACUGGACCUUCUUCUAAGCCAAACAUAUUGGAGCCUGAGGUUUCUAUGAAGUAUUGCAAUGAAAGAUUUUUCCUUGCUCAAAAGGAGUCCUCUGCACCAAGAAAAUUGGCUGGCAAACCUGUCCUGUUGUCUUCUGCUACCUUCCCUUGUGCUUGUGGGCCUGCCUCCAAUUCAAUGCUCCUUUCUCCUUUUUUGGCUUCAACUUCUACUAUUGCUCCACAUGCCCGGGCUCCUGGGUCUAAACUUUGUAACCAGAAGACGGUUAAAACAGAAGAAAAGACGGGGCUUGAGGAUCAAUUUAAGUAUGAUAUAUGGGGUGAACAUCUUGUUGGACUUGGUUUAAUGGGUAGGUCAAACGAGGCCUCUGCCAUGACCUCUAGUGUUACAGAAAGUCACUCUGAUAGCUUCUUUGUAAGGGGUCCACAAAUCCUUGUGACAAAAUCUCAACCAAAAUCUGUAAGUUGUUCUGAUCAGGUUGGUUAAUGAUAAGUUACUUGGUGAUUUUUAUAAGUUACAUUCA